GCCCCAAUUCGCACGCCGCGUUCUUUGUUGAAGCUGUCCUGGCAAGUGCCUCUAGCAACAACCCUGGCGUCUUGCCACUGCCUGUGGAGACCUACCCGCCUGAUGUGCUCGGCGGCGCAGCUGGGAAUGAAGAAAAUUUGGACGAAUCUCUCUUUACUGAUGAACUUACCGGCAAGGAUUCUGAUGACAGCGAUGAUGGAAGCUGUGAGAUGAGUCAAUCUGUCGAGUGCCCCGACAUAGAUGGCCCCGUCACCAUAGGUGACACACUUCUGCGCUUGCUGCAGCAAGAAGUGUCUUGCGCCUUGAACAGCAGUCGUCCAGCUGUCAGCCGGCACAUUUGCAAGCUUUGCCCAGCGCGCUCAUUCCCUCGCGCUGACAGGCUUCAGCGUCAUUUGCGGGCCUACCACGUGGAGAAGCGGCAGUACUGCUGCAGUGGCACGAAGCAGCUGCGCGUCAUCCAGGCGUUGUUUGACAACGACCAAGUUUCCAACCAGCCCUGCAAGCCCGGCUAUCUGCAGCGAAGCGCGCGAUUCCUGCGAACCUGCGCGCCGGGUCUAGACCCGCAGGAGAACUCCGUAGACAAGCACAUUCGGCUUGUUCUAACGGAGAAAGGGCCUGUCUUCAAGCACAGAGCUUGUCUGCAGUUUGUCCGCCGUGUGAAAAACCUGUACUAUAGCCACGGCUUUGCUGAUCUGCUCUUUCAAGAGCUCCUCCUCAACCAAGCGAAGAUGAAGACAGCAACCUGCCUGCAAGUUAGAAAGGCUGCCUCGAGAAUCUGCGCGCGGCUCACAUUAGCGGGCUCGGAGCUCUGCAGUCUGCUCCCGCAGAAUGUGCGCCACUGGUGGCCGCUUGCAGAGGACGUCUUCAUGUCCGAGGCUGUUUCUGGGCAGCUGGACAGGUUAGGUCGCGCUGCUGUGGCUCAGAAUGAGUUCUUCUCCAUUAGCAUCGAUGGCACAAUGAUCCAUGCUUUAGUCGGGCAAGCAGACUGGAAGCUGCGCAAAAAGAAGAACACGGGUCAGGGUGACGCAGUCUACAGAGUGCUGACAGUGCGCGGGCGCACUGGCUGGGUGUUGGCUAUGGUGCCAGUCCCUGAUGAGCAGAGCGCAGUCAUAGCUCAAGCUCUAGAGGCAUCACUGCCAGCAGCUGCAUUCUCCCAAGUGCGGCUUGUGCAUACGGAUGAUCCGUCACCAAAAUUGCUGGCAGCGCUUGAGAAUGUUUUUCCGAAUCUGGCAUAUCUUUGCUUGGAUCCAACCCAUUUGCCCAUGACCUUUGAGUAUGGAUCCUCGCGAAAGCGCACUGCAGCAUCCAGAGUACUUCGCGCUAUGAUGGCCAAGUUCACAGCAGCGCCCUCUGAGAUGCAUGCGCCCGUUCCGAGCGUGCCUUUCAAGGGGCUAAAUGCUCAACCACUUUCACUGGCAGAGUCCAAUAAAAGAGACUUGAUUCAGACUGGUGGCAUGCCAGAGAGGAGAGCUCGCGAGAUUCUUGCAAGUUUGGAUCCCCAUCUUCCGUGGCAAAGCCGCUACUGCUUUAUAGAGGCCAUGGCAGCGCUGGCGCGUUUGCAUCCUCAGGAGAUGGCUCGUAAAAUUCCAGGCCCCAAUAAGACUGGGCAUCAGUUGUUGUUUAACGCGACGGCUCCGUCGCGGUUUGGUUGGUUUUUCAACAAUAUCCAAGCACGGCGGAUGCUUCCGGAGAGGUAUGCUGCCCUGCUUCCUUCAGGAACCACCUCCAACGAAGCCUUGCACGCAGAAGUCAAGGCAUGGUUUCGCCAAACGCAAGCCAUGCAUCGAAGUACGCUAAGCCUUAAGUUGCACAUAUUGCGCUUUGGCAAAGCGCUGCCUCACUUUCUGGCUCUACAGAAGCCGACAGUUCGCCAAAUUGACCCUGGCGUAGUCUUGGCAAGGGCAGCAGCGCAGUCUCCGUGGAACACGAAAGCGUGGUCAGAAUUUGCCCAGACGUGCGAAAAAGCUUCCCUUCCGUUAAACGAGAAGAGAAGCGCAGAGGUUUUGCAGGAAAAAACGCAUGCCUUGAAAAGGCCUGCCUCUUUACAGAAGCGGCCUGCAGCUGCAAAAAGCAGGCGCACACCGUUCAACAAGCCACGGAAGUCUGCGCUGCGGCUCAUGGGCAAGAAGGCAACAUGA